AUGUCCUCCAUAGCCACGCUUCACUCGACAUCCUCAACCAUCUCCGUCAGCUUCCCUCUCACCGAGCUGCCCGAGACAGCACAGGUCGUCCUCUGCGAACGGCCAAGGCUCAUCAAUGUCACCCACCAAAUCCCCUUUGCCUGCACCUUGAUCGACCGCACAGGCCAAGCAAGCAGCACCGGACCCAACGCAGCACCCACGCUGAGCAACGGAGCUGGCUCCCCAGCCAACAGGAGAUCGUCCUUUGCUGCUCCCCGUCACCUUGCUGCUUCAUCUCCACCACUCGAGUCCGAUAACACCACUACCACACCCGACGGCGUCAACGGAGUCAAUGGGCUUAGCGGUGGCGGAGGCAAGAUCGAUGGCGAUUGUAUUCUUGAUCCAAGACGGGGCCAUUCAGCUAUGUAUUCCGGUAUCCUUUCGCUGGGCAAAGAUUAUGAGACGGUCCAGAUUGGAUGGGUUGGCGAGAUCGCAGACCAGGACGGAUACGUUGUCCCCUCCAAGAACCUGACCGAGGCGCACAAGCAGAACCUCAAGGAUAGGCUCUGGCAAAAGGAGAAGGUUGUUCCCAUCUUUCUCGAGGACAGCCGCGCAGCUGGACACUACGAGGGCUACUGCAAGACCGUACUUUGGCCAUUGUUCCACUACCUCCUUUGGGACGAGGCCACAGACGGCCGUCAAGAAAAGAACAAUUGGGACGACUAUGUCUUUGUCAACCAGCAGUUUGCCGACGCCAUUGUCGAACAGUACCAGCCUGGCGAUGUUGUGUGGAUUCAUGACUACCAUCUGCUGUUGGUGCCUCAUAUGUUGCGUCAAAGGUUGCCAAGCGCAGCGAUCGGCGUCUUUAUCCAUGCGCCCUUCCCUUCGUCAGAGAUUUUCAGGUGUCUUCCCAAGCGCGUUGAAGUCCUGAACGGUCUUUUGGGCGCUAAUCAGAUUGGUUUCCAGACAUAUUCAUAUGCUCGCCACUUUAUUAGCUGCUGCACACGCGUCAAUGGCUACGAGUCGACUCCUCGGGGUGUUGACGCUAUGGGAUCCACAGUCUGGGUUGGCACUUUCCCCAUUGGUAUUGACGCUGAGCGCGUCGAGCGUCAGCGCAAGGCUUCCGGCGUUCUCCCCAAGAUGGAGGCUAUCCGCAAGACUUACAAGGGCAAGCGCAUCAUUGUUGGUCGCGACAAGCUCGAUCAAGCCAAGGGUGUCCAGCAGAAGCUCCAGGCGUUCGAGAAGUUCUUGAACGACUAUCCCGACAUGCAAGGGCAGGUUGUUUUGAUCCAGGUCACGUCGCCUCCUCUUGUCGAGAAUCCUAAACUGGAAGCCAAGAUUUCCGAGUUGGUCGCCCAUAUCAACGGUACCUAUGGCUCUCUUAACUUCACGCCAGUACACCACUACCACCAACACAUUGACCGCGACGAGUACUACGCCUUGCUGUCUGUUGCUGAUGUCGGUCUGAUCACGUCUGUUAGAGACGGCAUGAACACGACCUCGCUCGAGUACAUCAUGUGCCAGAAGGAGAACCAUGGUCCCCUUAUCUUGAGCGAGUUCACAGGUACUGCAGGAAGUCUUGGUGGCGCCAUGAUGGUCAACCCCUGGGACUACCAGGGAGUCGCUAGAGUCAUCUACGACGCUCUGAACCUUACUGAAGAAGACAAGAUUGCCCGUCAUUCCCAACUCCACAAGCAUGUGUCGGCACACACUGCCCAGUUCUGGGCCAAGAACUUUAUUUCGGAGCUUAUUCUUAACGUCGGCACCUGGGACCAGUCCGCACCCACGCCUUACCUCGAUCAAAGCGUCAUUAUUGAAAAGUACAACUCAGCCAAGAAGCGUCUCUUGAUGUUUGACUACGAUGGCACAUUGACACCUAUUCGCAAGACACCAGGCGCAGCGGUGCCUCAAGAGCACAUGCUCAAGGCUCUGACGGCGCUCGCCAAUGAUCCCAACAAUGUUGUCUGGGUCAUUUCAGGAAGGGACCAGAAGGCCUUGGAGGAGUGGUUGGGUGAGGUUGAGAACCUGGGCUUCAGUGCCGAGCACGGUUCAUUCAUGCGCCAGCCAGGUAGCAAGAAGUGGGUCAACCUGACUGAGUCUCUCGACAUGAGCUGGAAGAGCGAUGUCAUUGAGAUCUUUACCUACUAUACUGAGCGCACUCAAGGUUCGUUUAUUGAACACAAGAGGUCAUCGUUGACAUGGCACUACCGCAUGGCGGAUCCAGAGUUUGGCCAGUUCCAGGCCAAGGAAUGUCAGAACCAUCUCGAGAACGCGGUCCUCUCCAAGCUGCCCGUCGAGAUCCUGGUCGGCAAGAAGAAUCUCGAGGUCCGUCCUACGAUCGUCAACAAGGGCGAGAUUGUCAAGCGAUUGAUGAUCCAGCACCCGGAUGCCGAGUUUGUUCUCUGUGCGGGAGACGACAAGACCGACGAGGAUAUGUUUAGAGCCUUGGCCGGUAACGGAGGAGCAGCUGCUCAACGUCGUGAGUCUCUUAAUGCCAACAACCAGGCUGCCCUGGAGCCUCACACUGAUGUUCUUGUUGCUGCGACUGCAGCCAAGAUUGCCCAGGCGACGUUACAGCAUUCUCUUGGGAAAGCCCCUCUAAUCUCGUUGGACACCAAGAACCAGCAUGGUCCUGGCAGCAACGGUAGUGGAGAUGGCAGCAACUCGCACUUGAAGCCUCCGGCACCAUUCGGUGUCGCCACACCCCAACAGCCGUCGAUCCCUGGUUCCGUCGUCAGUGCUGAAUCUGUCGUCAGUGCUGAAUCCGUCGUCAAUGUCGAUUCCGUCGUCAGCGUUGGUUCCGUCGUCAGUGUUGGAUCGAUCUCUCACCUGGCGAACGAGCACUUUUCAAUCACGAUCGGACAUGCCCUCAAGAAGACCCUUGCCAACUGGCAUGUCACCAGCCCCGAGGAGUUAAUCCGUGUCAUCGGUAUCGUCUCUGGUGUCACCGAUCUAUAA